AUGGGAGAAAUUGACAAGUCCAUGAGAGAUUUAGAUAAGAAGAGGUCAGAAAAGCUGGCAAAGAAGUCAGAAUGUGAUGAAAUGGAUGAUGAGAUUGGUAAAGCACGUAGAGAGGUGGGAGCAAUUGCCAAAGAUAUUCAGACAGUCCAAAAGCAGAUGAAUGCGCUAGAGAACAAGAUGGAACAGAAAAAAGGAGAAAGGCAUUCUAUACUAAAGCAGUGUAAAAUGGAUGACAUUCUGGUUCCUAUGACUAGAGGUAAUAUGGAGGAUAUUGAAAAUGAGGGCAGAGAGCCUGGAGAGAGUACUCUUGAGUACUCCUCAGGAAUGAAUACCCAGGUCAUGUAUGAGAAAGAAUCUCGAAUUGUGAUGGAUUAUUCUUCCCUGUCUGAAAGCCAGAAAGAAUUAGAUGAUUCAGAUGAUGUUACCAAGGCUGAGAAGAGAAUGCAGAAACACAUCAAUGAAUUGAUGAAUACCAUUCAACGAAUACAGGCACCCAAUAUGAAGGCUAUGCAAAAACUUGACCUUGCAAGAGAAAAAUUGCAGGAGACCAACUCUGAGUUUGACAGUGCUAGGAAGAGAGCAAGAAAAGCAAAGCAAGCCUUUGAAAGGUGCAAAAAAGAGCGUUAUGAUAGAUUCAUGGCUUUCUUUGAGCAUGUAUCCAAUGAGAUAGAUGGGAUUUAUAAGGCUCUUGCAAAAAAUCCUUCUGCUCAAGCAUUCCUUGGACCUGAAAACCCAGAGGAACCCUAUUUAGAUGGCAUCAAUUACAAUUGUGUUGCUCCUGGCAAGAGAUUCCAGCCCAUGUCCAACUUGUCUGGUGGAGAGAAGACUAUUGCAGCCUUAGCCUUACUCUUUGCAAUUCACAGCUAUCAGCCAGCACCAUUCUUUGUACUUGAUGAGAUUGAUGCUGCUCUAGACAACACAAACAUAGGUAAAGUUGCUUCAUAUAUUGUUGAAAUGAAGAGCCACUUGCAGACCAUUGUCAUCUCCUUAAAAGAAGAAUUUUACCAGAAUGCAGAUGCUCUUGUGGAAUUGUCAGAUAUGGGAGAAAUUGACAAGUUCCAUGAGAGUUUAGAUAAGAAGAGGUCAGAAAAGCUGGCAAAGAAGUCAGAAUGUGAUGAAAUGGAUGAUGAGAUUGGUAAAGCACGUAGAGAGGUGGGAGCAAUUGCCAAAGAUAUUCAGACAGUCCAAAAGCAGAUGAAUGCGCUAGAGAACAAGAUGGAACAGAAAAAAGAAACAGUCCAAAUUAAAAUGGUGUUCCAGUACUAUAAAUUUGCAGAAUCUCACUGGCUGCAUUCUAUACUAAAGCAGUGUAAAAUGGAUGACAUUCUGGUUCCUAUGACUAGAGGUAAUAUGGAGGAUAUUGAAAAUGAGGGCAGAGAGCCUGGAGAGAGUACUCUUGAGUACUCCUCAGGAAUGAAUACCCAGGUCAUGUAUGAGAAAGAAUCUCGAAUUGUGAUGGAUUAUUCUUCCCUGUCUGAAAGCCAGAAAGAAUUAGAUGAUUCAGAUGAUGUUACCAAGGCUGAGAAGAGAAUGCAGAAACACAUCAAUGAAUUGAUGAAUACCAUUCAACGAAUACAGUUGCACAAGCACAAAAACAGUAUUGGUAUAAUUGUAAAGUCUUGCAAGAUUUUUUAUGAGCUAUCUUUCCUUAGGAAACAUUUUAAAUUCUGCAUUGUUAUGCAUUGA